GAGGUGGGGAAAAGUACUUACUUAACACAGAGGAGAUCAGAGAAAACUGCUUGGAAGAGGGUGACCUCUGAGAGAUGGAACUGAGAAGAGGGAGAACUUAUUCCAGCGGUGGGAAGAGGCUAGUGCCUGGUUGAAUUCAGGAAUGAAUUCAGAAAAUGGAAGACUGAUAGACUGAUGUCUUACAAGUGGCUCUCUGAAAAAUUUUUUAAAGGUUUAAUCAUCUUUCUUUAAUCACUUUCCUUGGUCUUGGAAUACUGUGUAUUGGUUCCAAAGCAGAAGAGUGGUAAGGAUUAGGCAAUGGGGGUUAAGUGACUUGCCCAGGGUCACACAGCUGAGAAGUGUCUGAGACUAGAUUUGAACCCAGGACCUCCCAUCUCCAGGCUGGCUCUUAAUUCACUGAGCUACCCAGCUGUCCCCUCUCCAUCAUUUUUCUUAACAAAAUAAUAAAUCUAGCACUGAUUUAGGGAGGGAGGAUGCGUGGGAGAAGGAAAGGAAGAGAAAUACAUUGAAACAUUUAACACUCAGCAAGGGUUUAAGCUGGCCCCAACACACCAAUGGUGAACUUUGUCUGGAAUCUAGAAUUCAUAUAAUGCGAAUAAAGCUGAAAAGAUAGAAUAGAGUUUAUAUUUAUCUUAGAGAGACUAGGGAGCCAAGGAGAGUUUUCUUUCUUUCUUUUUUUUAAACCUGUUUUAGAAUGGACACUAAGUAUUGGUUUCAAGGGAGAAGAGCAGUAAAAGUAGGCAGUUGGAGUUACAUAACUUGCAGGGCCUCACAGCUAGGAAGUGUCUGAGGCCAGAUUAACCCCAGGACCUCCCAUCUGGGUCUCCCUCUCUAUCCAUUGAGCCAUUUAGCUCUCGCCCACUUUUCAAGGGGAGAGGGGUACCACUGUCACAUCUGUUCUUUAAGAAGGUUAUUGAGGCAGCAGCAUGGAGAAUGGAUAUAAGAGGCUGUUGCAGUAGUUGGAGAGGAGAAACAGUGACUGGUAGAGACUUGGCUUCUUGUCAAGACCUGGGAGGUACUACCUUUGGCACACAUUGGCUGAGUGACCCUGGGCAACUGGCCCAGCCUCUCAGUGAUCGUGGAUACUCUCUUAAGUUGCGGAGAAAUUGUCUACUUUGGUAGAGGAUAGGCACUCCCUACCCUGAUAAAAGAGUACAGGUCUGACCAAAACAAAUAACAAAGACCAAACCAACAACCUCAAAACAGUAUUCUAGUUAGAGGUGAUGAGGGCUUGAAUCAGAGUGGUGGUUGUGUGAGGAGUCUGGGAUUCUAAAGGGUCUGGUAACUUGGAAGGAUGUUAAGACCCUUAGUAUGAAAAUGAGGAGCUUAGGAGGAGAGCUGGGUCUGGGGUAAUAAUGAAUUCCAUUUUGGACACAUUGAAUUGGAGGUGGCAGUUGGAUUCCAGAUAGAGGUGUCUCCUGGCAUCAAAGAUACAAAGGCAGGACCUCUCUCCACAACAGUACCAUGAGAGAGGUAAUACCAAGAUUAGUAUCCCCACUUUAUUGAUGAGAAAACUGGAGCUCAGAAGAGUCAGAUAAUUUCUGAGGUGGCUUUGCCAAUAAGUGGAAUUGAAUUGAGGAGUCAGCAAUAUAGAGAUAUUAAUUAAACCUAUGAAAGCUAAGGGAGAGAGUAUAGAGAAGGAAGAAAAUGCUGACCCAGAAACCUAGGGGACACUCAUGACCAGUAAAGUCAUCUGGGAAGUAGACAGGUCAGGAGGAGCACCAGGAGACAACAGUGUCAGGGAGGAAUCUCAAUGUCAAAAGCUGUAGGGAGGUUGGGGAAGAUAAGAACUGAGGAAACAUCAUCAAAUUUAGAAAAUAAGAGAUCUUUGUGAACCCAUGAGAAUAGCAUUUCAUCAGAGUAGAGGAAGAAAUAGAAUUCAGGGGAUGAAAAGGAAACCUACAGUGACAAAUUGGAGGCAGUAAGUGCCAAGCAGAAGAGAUAAUAGGCCAAUAGUUUUAAAAAGAUGGUAAUCGAGCAAAGACUUGUUAAAGGGUAGAUGAGACCUAAGCAGUUUUAUAGAUGCAGAGAAGGAGCCAUUAGAUGAGAGGAGAUUGAAGAUAGGGAGUGGGAAAAAAUUAUCCACAGGGCAAAUCCUUGGAAGAGAUAGAAUCAUAAACAUAUUUUACAAGGGUUAAUCUAAGCAAGUAGGAGGAUCACUUCUUUCUCAGGGAUUGGAGUAGUACAGAGGACUGGUAAAAUAUGAGGGAGAUGAGACACUUUGCAAUGGAUAAACCAGCUUUUCCCAGUGAAUUUGGGGAUCAGAAGAGAGUGAAAAAGAUGAGAUUCAACUAGGGAUGAAUAAAAGAAUUGCCAUUGGAGGAUGAGGAGUGCAGUUGAGGUUAGAUAACAUGAAUUAUUAGACAAAGAUGGUCUACUAAGCUGGUGAUAAAAUUAUGUCAGUGACGUUUAUUUAGCAACUUGGGGAGAGAUUCUGGAAAUAACGUGGGAGUUGGAGAUUAGCAGAGUAUGAAUGGAAGAAGGACAGUGGGGCAAAGGAAUAUAAGAUUGAACUGUAGGGACCAGAUUGUGAAAGGAGAGAAGGAGCUCAGAGGAAGGAUAAACUGGGAGAAGAGGGAGAGAUUGGAGGUUCCUGUGAAAGUAUGAGAGAGGCAUAAGAGGAAGGAAAUCUAGGGAGAGGUGGCUGUAUGGGAAGUUUUGAUCACAAAGGGGGACUCAGUUAAGAUCAUGAAGGAAGAACAGUUUUGAGUGAUGUAAAGCCUUAGGUGUGAGCACCCUGUGGGUAGCUGGGAUAGAAUUGGAGGUCAUGGCAGUUGAAGAAGUUGAUAAACUGGACGCCCAGGCUGUUGAGGCUACAUUAGUGCAAAUAUUGAAGUUAUCAUGGAUUGACUGGUAGGGAUUGAGUGGAGCAGAAAAGAGAGCUCUGAGUCAGGAAGAGAGACCUGGAGGCUGAUGGAUCUUUACCCACCACAGAGAUGAGGACAGUGAUGGGUGCAGAAGGUGGGUCACCUCUUUCUUCUCUGCCUCGGGUGUUUCUCCUUUAAUAUCUCCCUGUUUGGGGGUUUGCUGCAGAAACCAGUGAGUAAGUAGGAUGGUGCAAUGCUAAAGAAUGGUGCAAUGUGAGGUUGCUUUAGGGGAACUAACAUGUAAACUUUGGGGUUUUCUUUGCUUCAUCUGACAGGGAGCUCACAAACUUCCAUAACUAAACAUGUGAUGGAUGCCUGUUGUUGCUAGGUUGGGAAACUAAGACAGAGAGACAGGAAAUGAUUACCCCAGAGCCAUCCUCAGAAGCUUUUGAUUAAGGAGCACGGAUGAAGGAGUGGUGGAUCCAGGUGGGCCUCCUGGGCAUCCCUCUUCUGGCCGUCUACCUGCACAUCCCUCCUCCCCAGCUCUCCCCGGAACUCCACUCCUGGAAGUCUUCGGGCAGGUUCUUCACGUACAAAGGCCUGAGCAUCUUCUACCGAGACUCCUGGGGGGCGGUCGGGAGUUCAGAAAUUGUGGUGCUUUUACACGGCUUUCCAACCUCGAGCUACGACUGGUUCAAGAUCUGGGAGGGCCUGAGCCAGCGCUUUCACCGGGUGAUCGCCCUUGAUUUCCUAGGCUUCGGCUUCAGCGACAAGCCGAGGCCCCAUCAGUACUCCAUCUUUGAGCAGGCCAGCAUCGUGGAGGCGCUGCUGGGACAGCUGGGGCUUCAGAACCAGAGAAUUCACCUCCUGUCUCAUGACUACGGGGACACCGUGGCUCAGGAGCUGCUCUACAGGUACCAGCGGAACCGGACCGGCAGGCUUCUCAUCGGCAGCCUUUGUCUGUCCAAUGGAGGUAUCUUUCCUGAGACUCACCACCCCACCUUACUCCAGAAGCUGCUCAAAGAUGGAGGCCUGAUAUCUCCCAUCCUCACUCGCCUGAUGAACUUUUUCUUCUUUGCUAAGGGCCUCACAGUGGUCUUUGGGCCGUACACAAGGCCCUCCGAAGCUGAGAUGUGGGAUAUGUGGGCUGGGAUUCGAACCAAUGAUGGCAACCUGGUCAUUGACAGUCUCUUACAGUACAUCAACCAGAGAAAGAAGCAUCGAGAUCGCUGGGUGGGGGCUCUCGCCUCCAUGGCUGUUCCCCUUCAUUUCAUCUAUGGGCCAUUAGAUCCAGUGAAUCCUCAUCCAGAAUUUAUGAAUCUUUAUAGGAAAAUGUUACCCCAAUCCACAGUGUCAAUUUUGGAUGAUCACAUCAGCCACUAUCCGCAGCUAGAGGAUCCUAUGGGUUUUCUGAAUGCAUAUUUGAACUUCAUCAACUCUUUCUGAGGGGUGACGAGUCGUUUUCCUUGCUCUGUUUCCUUCUAAUCAUGGUUUCAAAUUAGGAACUGAUGCUCCAAAGAUAUCAGGAUCAUGAAAGCCAUUCUAUUUAUGUCACGAAAUAGUACUCCUAGUAACUUCAUGAGCUUCAAUGAGUUUUGUUCCAACCAUCUAUCUUCUUCCAAAAGUAUUUUCCAGGCUGACAGUCAGUCAAAUGUAUGGACUUGGCCAUGUCUUCUUGAGUUAGAAAUUCUACCUGACCAUCUCACAUCAUUCAAGAAGGAAAACCAGCAACAUUCUUUUUCACAAAAGUUUUAAAUGUGAUGGACCCUUGGAAUUUGAAGAUGCCAGUUUCUGGUCCAAUCCCAAAGAAUCAUGCAAUAAGAAAAGUGGAGUGACUUCAAAAGCCUCCCAGUUUGCUUUGCCUUCCAACUUGGCUUGAAAGGCAAAUAUAUGCUUGCAUGUUCUAUAACCAACAUGAAGCAUCAUGGUAAGCCAGAUCCUAUGUUUUGAGAUGACUUUGGAUUACUUUCACCAUUUCAUGUAACAUCUUGUAGAAGUAUAAUUACAGUUGAAAAUAAUGCAGUAUUAAGUGUAUCUUACUCUAAGACUGAAUUAUGUUUCACCUACACAUUUAAGUAAUUUUUUAUAAAGACACUAAACCAGCAGGUAUAUACUGUGGCUGAGUAAUGGAUCUAAUGAAUUAUUAAACGUUAAUUUUUGUACAAGUUGAAUUAAAUUUAAACUGUUUUUAAAGUUACCUAAAAUUCUGAGGCAUGAAAGAUCAAUAAUGUCUGUCAAGAGAAUUACUUAGAUCAGCUGAUAUGAAGGCAAGGUACUCUCAGCUAACAGAAGUCUAUUUAUACCUCAGUGUUUAUAAGGAUACCCCAAAUGGUGGAAUGUGUGUCCUUGUCCUGCAAUAGGAGGGCAGGGGAUUGUCACAUAAGCCAAUCUGCUCUGUUGAAUUCCUUUUAUGAAGAUUGCUCAGCUUCCCACAGGCUGGCUCAAGUGGCCUUCUCUUUUAGCUUAAUUCUUCCUGUGUUGAACAAAGGAUUUGUAUAAGUAAGAUUCUGAAAGACCUUUAAGCAAAUGGUGCUGAAUUCCAUGUUUUGUUAGCUACAACUGCAGUAUCUCAGUGAAGCAGGAAUAUUCAUUAUUUUAGCCUUUUUUUAUUAGCAACUUCAAGUAUAACAAAUUUCAAAACUUGAAACUGGAAUAAUUGUUUAUUUUCUAUUAAUAAAAAUGAAUUUUGACAAAAA